AUGACCUGCUGCCAGACCAGCUUCUGUGGAUUUCCCUCCUGCUCUACCAGCGGGACCUGUGGCUCCAGUUGCUGCCAGCCAACAUGCUGUGAAACCAGCUGCUGCCAGCCAAGAUGCUGUGAGACCAGCUGCUGCCAGCCACGCUGCUGCCAGACCAGUUUCUGUGGAUUUCCCAGCUGCUCCACCAAUGGGACCUGUGGCUCCAGCUGCUGCCAGCCAAGCUGCUGCCAGACCAGCUGCUGUGAGACCAGCCGCUGUGGCACUGGUGGUGGCAUCGGCUGUGGCCAGGAGGGUGGCUGUGGAGCCCUGAGCUGCCGCACCAGGUGGUGCCGCCCAGACUGCCGCGUGGAGGGCACCUGCCUGCCCCCCUGCUGCGUGGUGAGCUGCACGCCCCCCACCUGCUGCCAGCUGCACCAUGCCCAGGCCUCCUGCUGCCGCCCUUCCUACUGUGGACAGUCCUGCUGCCGCCCAGCCUGCUGCUGCUACUGCUGUGAGCCCACCUGCUGUGAGCCCACCUGCUGUAAGCCUACCUGUUAA